AUGGCAGGUGUAGUGGAAUAUUUAUAUGAUGGCUACAAAUAUUUAUUUGAAGAUUUAGUUCAUCCUCUAUCCAAAGAUUACUUCCUGGUCAGCCAUCCACUCAAAAUUAUCUCAAUACUUGUCGCAUACAACUUUUUUUGUUUAAGGCUGGGACCAUGGUUCAUGAAAGAUAGAAAACCAUAUGAUCUAAAAAAUGUAAUCAAAAUAUAUAAUAUAUUUCAAAUACUCGUCAGCUUAUAUAUUUUUUAUGUGGGUUCAGUAUACAUUUUCAAUAAAGACUUCGAUUUUCGAUGCUCACCCGUAGAUGAUCCAACGUCGGAAAGAGCAGCCAUGAUUGUGCCAAAUGUUUACAUAUUUUUUGUGGUGAAAUUAAUUGACCUACUAGACACCGUAUUCUUUGUGCUAAGAAAAUCUUUCAGGCAGAUCACGCCCCUUCACGUUCAUCACCAUACGAUGAUGCCAUUGGCAAGCUGGUUUGGGCUUACAUAUUUUCCAGGUGGCCAAUCGGUGUUAAUAGGUCACGUGAAUGCUUUAGUCCACGCUAUUAUGUACAGCUAUUACCUUAUAGCCGGUCUAGGCGAAGAAUACAAAAAAUAUUUAUGGUGGAAAAAGUAUCUCACAAUGAUGCAAUUGGUACAAUUUUGUAUAUUUAUUAUUCAAGCAACACUAAGUCUAUUUUACGACUGUGGAUUUCCAAUAUUUUUGAAAAUGAUGACAAUUAUUUAUGCGGCAACAUUCAUAAACUUAUUUGGGCGAUUCUACUACAACAGUUAUGUCAAACCGAAUAAAAGUAAUAGCGUACAAAAUGGAAACUCUAAAGUUAAAACUGCCAAGGUUCAU